AUGAAAGCUACGCUCCGAGACCUGAGCGAUACGAACAACAACAACAACAACAACAACAACAACAACAACAACAACAACAUCAUCAUCAUCAACAAUACCAACAGCAACAAUCAACCCGAGCGAUACGCCCAAGCUGAGAGAUAUUCUGAACCCCCCCAACAAUAUGCCGAACGCGAUCGAUAUGCCGGCUCCCAAGCAUCAGCAUCGGCAUACACCGAGCCUGCGAGAACGCGCCCGCGCGGCGGCUCGAGUUCGUCCGCCUCGUCAUCCACUUCGUCGUCCCUCCUCAACGUUUCGGCCAAGGCUCCAAGGUUCGGCGGUGUCUUUAGCACUUUUUGGAGGGCCCCCUCGGAGCAGCGUGAGCGACGGCGGAGGAAGAAGCAAAAGGCUCGCAUCUUCUUUGCUACGAACUCGUCUUCGUCCUCGGUCAACUCCGACCUGGCCUACGGCCGCGGCUACAUUGAACGCGACAAGAGCCAGGGUCCAACCCCCGCGGCUUCUGCUUAUGCCAGUCCCGCCAUGUAUCGGAAUGAGCCUGCGCCUACUGAGGUCCGUCAGCAACCACCACCGCCGCCUGAGCCGCGGCCCAAGACCGACGAUGAAGAAAUCCUCGAGAUUGGCCGCCAGUUGCAGGACAUCGCCAGGAGGCAGAAUGAAUCCGACAAGCGCGCCGCCGGCAAGUCCCGUGCGUCCCAGCUGGCUGGUGCCGCCGGUAUAGCCGGUGCAGCUGCUGCCUUUGGUCACUUCCGCAAUCACAAAGCGGGCGGCAAGAGUCAAGCGGGACCUUCGUCGAAAGUGCAGGAGUCUUCCUCUGACGACGACUGGGAAUCCGCGUCCGAGGAUGAAUCGUCUACGGAUAGUUCCGACAGCUCAGAUGGCGGCGGCUUGGCUUACGGCUUUGACAAGCCGUCCAAGUCUGCUAGGAUCUCGGCCGAGCCUCCUGAGCAGAUUCAGCCGCCUGGACGGAAGAACACCGUCGUCGACCCGCGUCUCUUCGGCCCUUACAACUCUCUCCGCGGCGCCGUCAAGAGCCCCUGUGGCUUUGGCGAACAGGACGACCCUCGAUCUGCAGGCUCGUUCCGCCGUCAUCACGAGGAAACCGUCGCGCAAGUCCAGUCACCCAAGACCGAGAAGAAGCCAGUGCAGCAGCCGAUGCAGCAUGUGUAUCCCGUGCCAACUUCGGAUCCAGACAAGUUUGACUUUGACCGCGCUUCUGUGACCGCGUCUAGGCAAGACCUCCCACAACAGUCCCGACCCGCCCCUGUUCCCCUGCAGCAACCUAAGCCCAUUGUCCCGGUCUCAUCCAAGGUUUAUGAUGCGGACAGAUAUGUAGAGCCCCGGACUUUCAAGCGCCAGACGCCCACGGGCAGGAGCCCUGGUAGGAUCCCCGUCGAGACAGCCAUUGCCGGUGCUGGGGCCGCGGCCGCGGCCAUUGGCGUGGCCAUGGCUAACCGUAGGGACUCUGCCGAUCACGUUCAACGUCACGACGAGCGCCGGAGUGAGGCCUGGGAGAGGCGAGACCACCCCCGCGAGUCUCGAGACAGCCGUCGACCAGACGAGCGGGUAGAUCAGCCUGUCAAAAUUGAAAUGGAUGACCGUGAACGCCGCGAUCGCAGCGAACGCCGGUCAUAUAGGCAUAGCCCCGUCGAGAUCAUCGACCAACGAGACAAGAACCGUACCGCCCGCGGCGAUGCCCCUCCCGAGCCGACCAAGAAGCCGGAAGCACGUCCAGAUGCCCGUCCAGAUGCCCGUCCAGAGGUGUACCGGCUGCCGAAAGGUGACGAAAUUCGAGUAGAGUAUGACCCGGAGGAAGAUCGACAGCGCCGAGAGAAACCCAAGGAGCCACGUAAAGAUGAGCGUAAGCCGGAAGUCGUCGAAGAACGCCGGGAUGCGAAGCGGGUAGAGAAGCAAACUGACUUACCCCGAGAUCAUCAUGGGGUGGAGCAACCCGAGGUCCCCUUUACACAAGCCCCUAUUGACCCUUUCCAGUUCCAGGUCGCUGACGACGCUUUCCAAACACCGAAAUACGCGACGCCCAAGAACGCCACGCCCAAGAGGCCGCUGACUCCCCAGGUCGUGACUGUUGAUCGCGAGCCUAAUUUCGACGAUUCGCCCCCGAGGAAGCCCGACUACUCGGAUUCACGAAUGAGCCGCAAGGAUUCUUUCGAGCUCGAGCAAAGGUUGGAGCAGUACCAGCAAGGCUUCAGAGACCGCUCGAGAACGCCGGAACCCCGCCGUCGCAGAGACUCGUUCGAAGAGGAGAAGCACGCCGCCAAGGCAAUUUACGACGAGGUCAAGCAUGCCACUGCGCCCGUCGCCGCGGCCGCUCUUGCUUCUGCAAUUGCCGUAGAGGAACAGAGAUCGCGAAAACAUCAUAGUGAACAUGUCACCGAGGAUGGCUCGCGUACCAGCUCCCAGGCUGCCAGAGACGCCGUCCAGGAAGAGGCCGACAGGCAUUACCGGGAGACCGUCCUUGCUCGCAAGAUUGCCGAGGACGAAAUUCGCUCUCGCAGCUCCUCGCCUCAUGACGGGUCCGUUGUAGGCAAGUACGAUGACGACAAGCGACCUGAAGUUGUCACCAUCGUGACACCCCCGGAGAUGGACCAUCCUCACGACAAGAGCCCCUACGACGCGCCAAACGCGGAUGUUCGUAUCGACCACGUCAUAAUACCAGACGAGCUCGCCCGUUUCCGUCUACCGGAAGGCCAGCUUGGUCCUGGGUCCACGCAUGUCUUCCGGUCUCGCGACCCCUCUUGUGAGCGCGAGCGGCCCCUAUUGAAUCUCGUCCUCCCUACACCUAAUAUCACCCCCCGCGCCACACCUGCCCCUGAGCAGCAGAAGGAGGCGAACCGUGAAGCGAGACAAGAGGAAAAGCCGAAGAAGAGCACACGUGAAGUGCCAAAGCCUAGAUCCGUAGAGGUGACUGCAACUCCCGCGGAUAUCGCCCCUGAAGUCGUUCCUGAACCAAAACAAAAGGUUGUCGAGAGACCAACGACACCCACGGCCAAGUCGGUGACCUGGGGCGAGAACGAGACCAAGAGUUUUGAGAUUGAGAGCCCGGAGCCUCCGAAGAGCGUGCCCUCAUCCACUUCUCCCAAGAAGUCGAAGAAGCGCUUCGGUAAGAGCACCCCGUGGGGCGUGAUCGCCGCAGCCAUCGGCGGAGCGGGCGCUGCAGCGGCAGCUACCUCCGAGGUUCACGAUCCUUUCGAGGAGAACAAGACGACGGAAGACAGGGAGAGACACAGCCCACCGCAGUCUCCCAAGUCCCGAGCCGUCGAGCCUUCCUCGGAGCCUGCCGUUUCCCCCAUCCAUUCCAAGGUCACCACCUCGUUUGAGGAUGACUUGCCUCCUGCGCCAGGCCCGAAGCCGUCCAGUCCACAAACCUCUCAGAUGCCCGGGGCGUUUGCGGAUGAUUUGGAGUUCGCGUCCGUCCUCGCUGCUGGCUUGCAAGACACUGGAUUUGACCCCAACAUUGUCAUUGACAACCCUACCUACAUGCGGCGUGAUAGUCCGCCGGGCCAGAAUGAGCCAAUCUACCAGCAGCCUUACGUAGAGACGGUAAAUGACCUGGGAAUCUACGGUCCUGAGAAUAUCGGGCAGCCCACAGCCACCCGCGAGCCAGGCCACGUCAUUAGCGAGGUUCAAGACACCCCUGUGGAGAAGGAUCUGAAAAACGGCCAUGCUGCUUUCGAUACUCUCCCUAGAAAGUAUCGUGAUAAGGGCAAAUCCAAGGAGACUGAAGCCUUGCAUGAAGAGCCUGCUGGCGACGAAUCUGAGCCUGGUAGGAAGCUCAGCAAGAAAGAGAAGCGCAAGCAGAAGGCCGCCAAGAGACAGAGCGUCGAGAGCGCGCCGGAGGAGACAACAAAGGCGGUAACACCGCUGGAUCCUUUCUCACAAACGGCGUCCGAGCACGAUUGGAACGACGACAGGUCUCAGAGCCCCUCAACCGUUGUAUCAACCGUUGUGUCGGUCGGUCCCAAAGUUCGCGACCCUCUUGACGACCCCCUUUGGAAUUCGCCGUCGUUUUCCCACCGGGAUCGUCCUGUUGAAGAGCCAACAUACGAUUCCCGCCGUUAUGUUGACGAGCCAACUUACCAGUCCCGCCGCUCUGAUGAAGUGCCAACGUAUGACUACCGCCGUUCUGCUGACGAGCCAACUUCUCGGCGCCAGUCUGAAGAGCGAAGAUCCCCCCCGACCACCCGAUCCAUGGAUGAUUCUCCUUACGCUGGCACCUCUUUUGACGAACUGCCUUCCAUCCAAGACACAAGAUCCUUUGACGAGUCUUCUUCUCUCUACUCUCAGCCUUCUGAGGCGCCAAGCUCUUACGUACGCUCCCGCGAUGAGCCAUCUUCCCAGGCGCCGGCGUCAUCUGAGACACCCAAAGCAGAUGACGACGCCGCUGCACCGACGAAGUUGAGCAAGAAAGAAAAGAAGAAGAAACGGUCUUCCAGAUCAGACAUUGUUGUGGUACAGGAGGAUGGGAAAGAGCCGCAGGAGAUCAUCGUUGAGGAGCCGCGCAGCUAUCGCGAGGAGCUGCCCGAGCACAACGACACUGCUCCGACAGAACCUCGCGAGAAGGACGACGACCCGUUGGACUCGCCAGUGAAGAAGAAGAAAAAGUCCAAAAAGUCCAAGCAGAGCUCUGACGAGUGGACCGACGUCGAGAAGCAGAUUGAGGACGUCUCUGCCGGCGGGAGAAGCUCGCCCACCAAGCCUGUGGACGACUGGGACGAUCGUCCUGCCAAAUCGCGGCGAGAUCGAUCUAGGAUCGACGACCAAGACACAGGCUCUGUCGUGUCCGAUUCGACACCGCGGCGCAGCAAGUCAGAUCGCCGCUCCAACGGCAGCCGUUACGAAGAAGACGACGCCAAGUCUGUGGCAUCGGACGGGUCCGGCCGUAAGAGACGUAGCCGCGACGACAAGAAGAGUGUCAAGGACGAUGACAAAAAGAGCACCAAGGAAGAAGAGAAGCGCGGCAGCAGCGGGUUCUUUAGCCUGUUUAGACCGGGAAGCGGGAACAAGGACACAUCUGGAAAGGAGGAGAAGUCUUUUUUAGAUAAUGCCGGCACCCUUGGCGCGGGUGCCGGCUUGGCGAGCGCCGUGGCAGCUUUGGGCUCCAUGAUGUCCCGCUCCAACGCCACCGAACCUCAACCGGAAGAGUCUGAACAUUCUCGUUCUUUGGAAAGGACCGCCAGUGCUUCCUCAGACGUGGACAUUCUCGACCCCGAAAUCACACAGCGGACAAUCAGGCCAGCCAUCGACCCGCAAUAUGGCGACCUCCUUCCCCUCCCGCCUAGUCCUAUGCCGCCGAGCACUCCUGGUUCUCCAACGGAAGAGCUCGACGACCUCCCUGCCCUGCCCGACAGCCGGCCAGAAACGCCCCCAGAGGAGCGGAGACGACAGCACGAGAUGAAGACGCAUGUCCGGCGCCGCAGCAACUUGGACACCCCGCACAAGAGCCCAAGCCAAACUGCGGUGCCCUUCAAGCUGCGGCUCGGACAAAGGUCCAGCCCAUCAUCUCCAGGUAAUCUGGGACAUGCAAUCUCUCCCAUGACUUCUCCGACGGCUCCAACGGCCCCGGAGAACGCCCUGUCCCGGCGUCCUUCCAUCAGACCAUUCUCGUGGGAGAGCAGCAAGGAAAUUAAACCGCUCUACCUGCUCGAGCAGGCUCGCCAGGAGCACGCCGCUCAGUCUACGGAGCCACACGUAGACUUUCCGGGGCUGCCACCCAGCGAGCCCUCGUCCCGAGAGUCCCCUGCACCGCAGUUUGCUCUCCGCGAGAACGACGUGGAGUACUUCCGCCAGCUUCAGGCCUCACCUUUCGAGCCUGAUGAGCUCCGUGUCAACAGGGAUGUGUUCCGCUCUCCGGGUGCACGAGACCAGUUCAGCUCGCAGGAGACAACGCCAAAUGCCGAGCAAGCACUGCACCAUACUCGUGCCAUGUACCGCCCUGAGUCCCCUGCUCUACCUGUCGUUCCAGACCUAAACAGACAACUGGAGCUGUCAGGGCGUGACCUGGCUGCGCUACCUGUUGUCCCUGCCAGCCCAGCAAGUACGGUAACUGAGCAUGAAGCUGCAGUGCCUGCCGAGCCGUCUUUGGAGCGCGCAAUAGCAGAUCUACCUCCUCUAUUUGACGAUCCAGAGUCUCAGCCUGGGUUGGCAGAGAAGCCCACAGGCCCUGUUUUCCUCCCUGAAUCGCCCGCACUUCCCGGCAUGCCUGAUGCAGCCAGGCAACUGGAAUCUUUCGAGUAUGGUCCGAUGGACCUGCCAUCUCUUCCCGCUAGUCCUGUGACAGAUCAGGCGCCUUCUUCUGUUAUGCAGUUCCACGACGCGGAAGAUUUCCCUGCUCUUUCCACAAGUCCAUUGGCUGAGGACGCGUACGAAGCGCCGCAUACUGUCCCCAAAUUCCUCCCUGAAUCUCCUGCUCUUCCGCCCGUCACAGAGACCCCUCGAAUCGAUCUCCCAGACCAUUACUUUGAGGCUUUGCCUGUUUUACCUGCUAGCCCCAAGCUGGAGCCUCGAGCUUCGCCCAAGAGCGUCCGCUUUGCCCCCGAAUCUCCUGCGCUUCCUAUCAUCCCAGACAACGCCGAAGGUUUUGGUCUCCCAGCACAUUACCUCGAUGAAUUGCCUGCCCUCCCCAGCAGCCCUGUAGCAGAGUAUCAGCCAAUCGCAAAGGGCGUCAGCUUCGCACCCGAGUCGCCCGCACUUCCCUCGGUUGUAGAUGCUGCACGGCUAGACAUUCCCGAGUACGAUCUUGCAGAGCUGCCCAGCCUUCCCGCCAGUCCGGUCCUGGAACACCGGGACCGCGAUAUUGGCCCUAAGUUUGCACCCGAGUCUCCAGCUCUGCCAGCGUCCCCAGACAAGUUUAGAGAUGUCGUCUUCCCGGUCGACUCAGUAGACCAGUUGCCUGCUCUGCCUGGCAGCCCUAUGCUAGAGCACCAUGAACCUGCUCCUACCAUCAGCUACGCGCCGGAGUCUCCAUCCCUUCCCACGUGGCCAGGCACAGGCUUCCGCUUGCUAGAGCAGCUCGAGACAGACCUGCCUGCUCUUCCUCUCAGCCCUGUUUUAGAGCAGCAGGACCCUCCAGCAACAAUCACCUAUGCUCCAGAGUCCCCUUCUCUCCCCACGAUUCCAGAGACAUUUAGGCAUUUCGACACACCAGCUUACAAUGUGGAUGAGUUGCCUUCCCUUCCCGCCAGCCCUGUGGCAGAGCACGAGGCCGUCAGACAUAUCUAUGCACCCGAAUCCCCGGCUCUCCCCUCAUUUCCUGGCGCGAACUUAUACUCCCCAGAGCAGCAGCUAGAGGAUUUGCCUUCUCUUCCCGGUAGCCCUCUGGCGGAGACUGAGGCCUCGCUGAAGAAGUUCGCCUAUGCGCCUGAAUCCCCUGGUCUUCCCUCAGUUCCUGACGCGAGUUUCUACUUUCCGGAGCAGCAGCUAGAGGAGUUGCCUUCUCUUCCUGGUAGCCCUGUGGCCGAGGACGUGUCGAAGAAAUUCACGUUUGCACCUGAAUCGCCCGCUCUUCCCGCGGUUUCAGGCGCAGGUUUUUACUUCCCUGAGCAGCAGUUAGGAGAGUUGCCUGCCCUCCCUGGAAGUCCUUCAAUGGAGCCUUUUGUUACGGACCGUGAGGAGAUCGCCCCUCCAAGGGUCGUCUACGCACCUGAAUCGCCGGCUCUUCCCUUCGUCCCAGACACGGCUAUCUACUUUCAGGAGCAGCAGCUGGACGAUUUACCUUCCCUUCCCGGAAGCCCUGUAGCGGAGCCCCUUGUGAUGGAGCGUGAGGAGCCUGCCCCUCCUAAGGUUGUUUUCGCACCUGAAUCGCCUGCUCUCCCUUCAGUCCAAGAUGUGGGUUUCCACUUCCCAGAGCAGUCUUUGGAGGAGCUACCUGCUCUACCCAGCAGUCCUACAACGGAGCCAAUUGUAAUGGAUCGUGAAGGGACGAAUGCCCCAAGGAUCACCUUCGCCCCAGAAUCCCCCGCCCUUCCCCCACAAGCCGACUUCUACUUUCCAGAGCAGCCCAUGAAAGACCUACCUGCUCUGCCUCCUAGCCCUGUGGCAGAACCUGAGGAUCAUUCAAGAGGCCCUAUUGCGCUCGAAUCGCCCGCGCUUCCUCAUCUCCCGCACGCAUCUCACCAGCUGUAUGCCUCUGAUCACCAGCUAGAAGAUUUGCCUGCUCUGCCGACCAGCCCUGAGACGUUACCGGCGGUCGGAACACAUCCAGAGCCAGAGCCAGUUGAUGUCACCUCCAAGGACAGAAGUUCGUAUCUCCUGCACAUGACGCCCCCGUCUAUCGUCAAGAAUCUAAUGGAGGGUGACCUUCCAGACACACCGCCGAGCCCCACGCCCACCAGGUCUUUGGAUAGAUCCGAAGCGAUGGCUAAAGUUGAAGAGGAGAGUCUCUCCGAUGCGCAUGACGUCGCUCUUGGCGCCGUUGCAGGCGGUGCGGCAGCCGGGCUUGCUACGACUAUUCUCAGCCAUGGCGACCAGGCCGAGGGCAAAAAGCAGUCUGACCCCGACACCCAAAGCUUGGAAAACUUUGGAAUGUUCGAACCGGCAGGGCCACUUGCUGGAACGAAACUGUCCAAAAAGGCUAAAAAGAAGAGAAAGAGUAAGGCGCUGUCUAUGGACGAGGACGCUGCCCCGACGGAGGCCGCCACUUCUACCGAGCCACCAGCCGAGAAUGCCGCCUUGCCGUCGAAUGAUAAUGCUCCUGUCAGCCCGAUUGACAAGGACCGACGGCAGUCAAUCGAUGCUCCUCGCGAGAUGCCCGCAGAAGAGUCUGCACCUCCUUCUGGUGAGGUUGGCACCGAGGCCCCAGCUGAAGCUCCCUCGACAGAGGCCAUCCCGAGCGAAGCCGCUCCCACUUCGGAAACGCGCGCUGCUGAGGUUCCCGCACGUGAAGAGGCGCUUUCAACGGAGGCUCCAUCGGUUGUGGCCCCUCCCGAUGAGGUCUCCAUGCCCAUAUCCCCUUCAUCUAAGCCACAUGAAGAAGAUCUCCCCUCAUCGACUCACACCAACCUUGAUCCGCCUGCCAGCAGCAAUGUCUUGUCCAACGACAAUACGCCUGUCUCAAUCGCCCCAAGAGAUGGUUUGCCCCCACCGGUCGAAUCCAUCCAGCGUGAGACUCCUUCAGAUGACGUCGUCCGUGGGAUCGAGAGCCUACUAUCAAGCGCCAACGACAAUGUGCGCGUUGAAGACACUCCUGGGGAAACUCAGCCUGAGAUGUCCACUGUUGAGAGCAAGGCGCCCGUUGAUGCUGAGGCCUUGGAGACUGCCCCUGUUCAGCCUUCUACAGCAGACGUUCCCGCCGAAAAGAAGCUGUCCAAGAAAGACAAGAAGAAACUCAAAAAGGCUCAGGCUCGGGCGUUGGAGCUUGAACAUUCUGCGAAGCCUGACGAGGAACGCGACCAGAUCGAGUCUGCCACGGAACCAGUGCCAGAUCAAUUGCCAGAGGACAACUGCACAUCCUCCCUUGCCGAAGACACGCUUCCCGCGCCUGAGACUGAAGCACAUGACUCUAUGGUUGAGGUGGAAGCUGCUGUGGCAGACGCUGAUACUGGUGGUCCAGCCCUUGAGACUGAGCAAGCAUCCCAGCUGCCUGAGCCACAAGCCGCGACUUGGCUUCCCAAAACCGAAACCACCGUUCCCGCUUCUGUGCCACAGACCGACGAACCGGCUCUCUUGCCCGGCACAGACGGUUCAUCCUCAGCGCCGACUUCCGGCGAGAGCAAGGACGCCAAUGAAGCCGAGCAGCCUGUUGCGCCUUCAGUCACCGAGCCUUCAUCUCCCGAGACACAGAAGAGUAAGAAAAAGAAGAAGAAGGCAAAGAAGGCACUCGAUCUGGAUGGUGAAGUCAAGUCAACGUCUGAGGCCAGUGAAACCAUCCCCGUUGCCUCCGAGCCAGUGACGCCAUUCCCGGAGCAGGAAGUGUCGGCCAAGCUGGAUGAGAGCCCCUCCACAUUCGAGCCCACAGCACCAAUUGCCCCGUUGCCCGACUCGGAGUCUCAACUUCAGCACAUUCCUAUCUUGGAACAAGAUGACAACCAGUUGGCGCGGGGAGAUGAUGUGGCAGACUCGUCGGCUCCAAUUGAAGAGGACGUGGAGAAGACAGCCAGCAUCGACGAGCGUACAUUGGAGUCUAAGCCUACCGUUCAAGCGGAAGAGAAGCCUGCCACUCUCGAGAACACUUUGUCUGGUCAUAGCGAGGACGUUCCCACAUUGCAAGACGCGCCUGCUGAUGGUCAGCCUUCCUUGGGGCCACAAGUUUCAAUUUCUGGCUUGGAAGAGAAGUCGGUCAGCUUGGACGACGAUUCGGCUCCACCAAAAAGGGCCCCCGGUGAAGACGAGGCAAAGCUCGGCAACACGGAGGACGACUUGCCACUGCUGCCGACUCUGCCUUCGGACGAUGUCCAGCCUGCGCAGGAACCAACGAGUGCCGUCCGUGAGAUCGCAGAGCCGGCAGAGACAUCGCCCACCCCCCCUCUCAGGGACCAGAACCUGUCUUUGGCGGCUGAGAAUGAACACGUUGAGGCCAAACCUGUCUUUGAACAGGAAACUCCUGUUGCAGACGUCCAUGCGGACCUUGCCGAGAACCCUGAAUUGCCUUCUUCAGAAUCACGUGGAUUGGAUCUGGAGGCUACGCCCACCAGCCCCAUGGAAGCUACUUCAGACAAUGUCUACUCCGGCACACUCGAGGACAGGUUCCCCAAAGUAUCGCAGCCCACAACCAGCGAGGCAGAGACCGCUAAAGUUCCCGCGGCGGAAUCUGGCCCCAAAGAGGAUCUCCUCUCUACUUCUGAGCCUAUUGACAAUGUCCCUUCCACGACCCAUAGCGCAGCUGAGCUUCCCGAGCUUUCCGAGCCUGGGCCAGCGAGCACGCAAAUGCCGUCCGCCGAAUCUGCUCAGCCUGAGCAAUCGGAAAAGAAGAAGAAGAAAAAGAAGAAGAAGAGCAAGGGACCCUCCCUAUCCCAGCUGGACGACAUCCUGUCUAUGGAAAACACACCUGUUCAGACCCCAACGACGGAGACACCUCCUGUCGUUCCUCAAGCUGCUGACACUCCGUUAACAGAGACUCCAGCUGUUGAGACUCCUUUAGUCGAUAAUCCUGUAGUCGAGACUCCAAUCGUUGAGACUCCUACCGGUGAGACUAUCGUUGAGACCCCAGCUGUCGAGACUCGUGACCUCGAGGCUCCUGUAGUUGAUAACUCUGUAGUCGAGACUCCAAUCGUUGAGACUCCUAGGGGUGACACUGCUGUUGCUUUCGACGAAGUAGACACGGCUUCCCAGACUACUCCAGCCCCUGCUGAGGACCCUCCUGUUGAACCCCCUGCUUCCAACACUCCAUUUGGUGAGACUACAGUCGUUGAGACUCCUGUGAUCGAGAACCCCGUAGUUGAGACUCCUAUUGUUGAGACUCCUACAGGCGAGACUACUGUUGAGACCCCGGCUGUCGUCGACAACGCUCCUGUCGAGAUUCCUGCUGAUAUCGAAUUCUCCACCGAGGAGACCAACCUUGUUGUUGAGACUCCAGCUGCCGUCGAGACUCAAAUCAUUGAGACUCCGGCUGCUGUUGAGACUCCGGCCAUGGCUGGUGCGCCCGAGGAAAAGGCGCCAGAUUUCACAGAAGAGCCAGCCCCGGAUACGGUCUCUUCGAUCGAGAAGGGAUCCGACGAAGCUCAGGGCAAUGACCUGGAUGCUGCAAAAGAGCAUCUGGCCGUCACCACAGAGACUCAAGAGCUACCAAGCAGCACGUUGACAGAGUCAGUCGGCCAGGCUGACAAUGUAUCUCCCCUGUCAGAAGAGCCUUCACCAUCUCGCAAGAACGAGGUCUCAGAAUCCGACGCUACUACUAUUAUCCCUCAAGAUGAGUCCAUGGAGCCUGCAGCCAUUCCCGAGCAAGCCACCAUGGCCGAAGAGACGGCGACAAAGGAACCAGACGAACCGGAGACGGCUAUUCGCGAAUCUCAAGAGCCUACAAACGCCGAAAGCAACGAUGAGGCUUUUGCAACGCCGCCGCAACGCCCCAUCACCAUUGAAAUCGAGGAUGACGCGCCUGGAAGCCUUUCGCAAGAGCCCACCCUUCUCGACAGCCAAAUCGACGCGGUCGAUACUAAGCCGCAAGAGCCGUUCAUUGAGAAGGAGCAACCCCGCGAUGUUGAGACGCCAGUCGAACCCGACUCGCCAGUUGAGUCCAAGAAGAGCAAGAAAAAGAAGAAGAAGGCAGCGGCAGCAGCAGCGGCAGCCGCCGCGGCUGCAGCCCUGCAAGCAGCCAUUGAGGACACUCCUGGAGACCAGAAGGACCAGAAGGAGGCAAAGGACGAGACGAUCACGGACAAGGGCACGAGCAUCACACAAGACAAGACGGGAGACACGGAAUCACCGCCGCCUGAGCUCCCGACAAGCGGAGAAUUCGCUACGGACGUCAAGAUUUCAGAGGAGGCGGACGCAGGGCCAGCUGUUACCAAAAAGGGAAAGAAAAAGAAGAAGGGCAAGAAGUCAUCAACCUUGGACCCGGAGCCUGAGAACAGCCCGUCCACAAGUAUCCCCGAAAGCACGGCAGAUGUAGCGAAUACAAUGGACAAGUCCGCUUAUGUUUCCUCUCCGCCGAGAGAGCCUGUCAGUGACGAAGCUCGUUUCCCGCCAGCAGAAAGCUCGACCGAGGCCGAACCUGCUGCAAUUAUGGGCGAGCAAAGACGAAAAUCCGUGACGUGGGCACCUGAACUGGGAUCCGCCGCGAACAAUUCCGAUCUUCCUCUUCAGGAAGCCGGCCACGGCUCGGAAUGGCAACCUGAGGCGGCGACGGCCCCGCCCCCAGCCACCGGAGAGCUACAAACGACGGAGCCAAGCGAACCUGAGGAUCGAUCGGAGGCGGAGAGCCCGCCUCGGGCAAUUGGUGAGGAGAUGCAGGGUUCGGACACGAUGGCUGUCGACGAGACAAGCGAAGGUGUGGCGCAGAAGGAUCUCGACCCAGAAAGCCAAGCUCAAAGGCACCCUGCAAGCGAGACCACCCAGGCGCUGCCCCAACAGCACGAGCACGAACACGCGCACGACAUUGCUGCUGCUGACCCCAUCGACUACUUCCCGUCAUCCUCUGGGCUGCACGCAACAACGCGGGGAGCCACGAGGAGCGACGCUUCAAUUCCCACCGCCCAGCAGGCCUACUUCCCCUCCGCCCACAGAAUGCUGCCCGCAACUGGCUCGUCCAGCAGUGGUGCGGCCAACCGGAAGGGCGGUGAGACACUGGAGGGCGAUGAGCAAGCGGAGCAGGUGGCAAGCAGCGAGGCUGAUGCAACAUCGGACGCCGAACAUGCUGAACAGGCGGGCCGUUCUGGUGCCAUUAGCAAACCAUCUGCGACAGCAGACGCCCAAACGGGAGAGGUUGGCACCAGCGACCCCAGCCUGCAUGCCAUUGUGGAGCCGGACAGUGGGCCAGGGCACGACAAAUCACUGGUCGACACGCAAAACGGGCGGAUGACGGAUGCAGAACCCGUGGGACCGGCCCUCACCGACUCGGCCCUGGAGGCUGGUGGCCCACAAAACACCCCGGUCCAACCCUUGGCCAACCAAGACUCUAACCCGAAGAUCCCCCAGCCUUUGCCCUCCCACGCCGCCUCCAGCAGCACCUCGCCUUUGGACGAGGUACCCAGUCCCCGUCCCCGUCCCCGUCACACUCCCAGCAGUCCCAGUUUGUUGGAGCGUGCCAAAAAUUCUGACGCGGGGAUUAUCGAUCCCGCCGCCGCCGCCGCUGCGUCAGCCGAGUCUCGCCCGGAAGACUUCAAUCUCAACGACUCUCCCUACAUUGGGGAUUCCAGAGAACACAAGGCCGAGGAAGAGCAGCACCCCGUUCCCCGCGCCACCGAUGCUGCACUUCCGGGUCAAACUGCCGCCCCGGAAUCACUUGGUGAAUUCAUCGCCUCGGAGCCGCAAGUAGACUCAUUGUCGGAGACCGUUCCAGGCCCUGAACCCACAGGGAUUGUGAAUGCUGGGAGCACCAUCCAGAGCCCCGACGAGACUGAGACACAGCCCGUGGAGGGAGCUGACGUCUGGUCCGAGCCCGCAACCCCAAGCAACAUGUCCAAAAAGGACAAGAAGAAGGCCAAGAAGGCAAAGGCCGCCGCCGCCGGAGAGCCGGACGAUGUUGAAGACACCCAAGCACUGGAUGUGGAUGACAGCCCCUCAGCUGCUGAACCCGGUGCCUCGGCACCGAUUGAGUCAUCGGCGCAGCCGGAGCCGGCUUCCAUCCCGGACGCUGCCAACGCUCCCGGCGCAGAGGACAUUGCGCUGUGGGCUGGUGAUGACGGAUGGGCGAUCCAACCUAACAGCAAGAAAAGCAAAAAGGACAAGAAGAAGAAGCGCGCCGCAGCUCAGGCAGCUGACGAUGCUGACGCGGUUGUAGCGCAGCCCGAAGAGUCUUCCUCAAAGCCCGAAGAAAUUGUUGCUGAGCAAGCGCCCCCGUCCUCACCAGCACAGGAGGAUGAGAGAUCUCCAAGUCUGGAAGAUGCAGUAAAUGAGCACCAGACUGCCGCUGAGACUUCCGACGCUCCCCUUGAGACCUCUGAGGCUGUUGUCGAAGGCGUGCCCGAAGAUGUUCCCGGCGUGUCCCGUGUUCCUGAUGCCCCGCAUGAUACAAGCGCUGGGGACGAGCAACCGCAAGCACCUCAAGAAGCUGAUGAUGCUGGUUUCGAAGUACCAACAAAGAAGAGCAAAAAGAACAAGAAGAAGAAGCAGCAGCAGCAGAGCUCUGGUGGCGAAGAAGCCCAAGGCAGUCUCCAGGACCCAACACGGCAGGACCACCACCAGCCUGGACAUGGGGAAAGCACAUCCACUCCCGCGCCUGCCCCACCUGUCGACACCUUGCCCGCCGACGCAGAACAUCUCCAACUCUCCAGGGACCCCCAACCCCUUGACGAUACCUUGCCCGAGGAUUCAUCAAAGGCCUCGACCCAGGAAGACACCCUCAUUCUCGACCGCCCAGAAGACGCACCAAACCCAGCGUCCGUCUCUCAACCGCCGCCGGAUGUUGAGGCUGAAGUUCCUCAGGAAGCACAAACAAUGCCUUCGGAUAGCAUUGCCGACACCACUGUUCUGGCAGAAGAUGAGUUCCCCGUCGUGACCAAGAAGUCGAAGAAGGACAAAAAGAAGAAGAAGAAGGGCCCCGAGACCCCAGAUGAGCCGACUGUGACGCCGGCGACGGAGCCAGUCGUCGAACAAACAAGCCCGCCGCAGCAGACUCCAGCGCCAGAGUCACAACCCGCCCCGGCUGAAGUUCCCGCCGUCGACGAGCCUGCCUUUGAGCAAGUCGACUCGUCUGAACAAGCUCGGGUGGUCGAGCCUGAUGCACCAUCCUUCAGCACGCCUAUGCCCGCGGAAGAAGCCCGUCCGUUGGAGGAGGAGGAACCCGUCUCCCCAAAGAAGUCAAAAAAGGACAAGAAGAAAAAAAAGAAGGGUGCUUCCGCCGACAUCCUCGCAGAGCAACCCCUGCCUACGGAGACGGAGACCCCCCCUGCCCCCGAAGCCGCCCUUAUUGGACAACCCGAACAGAUGGUGAUGCCAGAGACUGAAAGUACUCCCCAGCCAACAGAUGUCUUCACUGAAGACGCGACUACUACGACUGACGAACCCCAACCCCUGCAAGAGGAGGUAGCGCGCGAGCAACCCAUGGACACCGCGCCUGAUGACGAAUCAGUCAGACAAGAGAGCUCUAUUCAUGACGCCAUUGUUGAUGAGGCCACCCCACCUGUGAUUGCUGAGCCUUCACAGCACGAAGAUCCCAUGGAUCUGGAUGUUGCUGCAAUGGAAGAGCUGUCCAAGGCAGAUGUUCCCCCCGUCGCCGAGACCGCCCUAGCGGACACUGUUCUUGAUCCCACGCAGACAGCCGAGGCGCCGCAGCCGGUCACCGUCAACGCAGAGGAUGAGUUCCCUAUCCCGGAGAAGAAGUCGAAGAAGGAUAAGAAGAAGGGCAAGAAGGCCCAGGAGGCUCAGGUGGAGCCAGCACUUGAGGCUGAGCCUCCGGUUGAGCAGUCUCUUCGGGAGGAAACAGUGGCCGCCGAGCCCGAGCCUGCGAGUGCCGCUGUGGAGCCAGCCGAAGAGAUUCCAAUUUUGGAGGAGGAGAAGACGCCGGUUCAGGCACCCGAAAUCAUUGAGACAAGCCAGCCAGUGGUUGCCGAGGAUGAGUUCCCGCUGCCAGACAAGAAGGCCAAGAAGUCGAAAAAGAAGAAGGGACAGGCUCUUGAGAUGAUCAAGCCGCAACCCUCACUCGAGGCUGCUGCCGAGUCUGCCGUCAACCCUGUCACUGAGCGCUCUCUUGACAUUCCUUCGGACAAUGUUCCCUCGGCGGAAGACAUCUCCCAGGAGCCACCAACGGACACGCCGGCUGACCUUAAUGAUGUCCAAGAGCCUGCCACCGAGGCCCAAGAUGUUCCGCUUCCUGACGCGGACACGCUCAUGGAAGACGUUGCCCUCGAGGCAGAUAAAGCGCGCAGUGACGAGGCAGACACAUUUGAUAUCAUAGAUAAUGAGCCCUCUUCGCCCAAGCUUUCCAAGAAGGACAAGAAGAAAAAGAAGAAGGCCAAGCUGCAGGAUGAUUCAAAUGUUCUUUCUGAUGCUACGCCGACAGUGGAGGUUCCCGAGGAACCUCUUCCCAGCGUCCAAGAGGCGGCACAGGCUGACAUUACUGCUCCUCCACUCGAGUCCACGCAGCCGCCUCAGGAGACAUCUGCUGAUCUUAUCGAGUCCACACUGCCGUCUGAGGAGGUCCCCGCUGAUCCUGCUUCUAACGCGACAGGCCUCACAGCUCCCGCGACAUUACCAGCCGAGGACUCCAUGGAUGUGAUGCCUUCGCAAUCGGCCGAGACGGAUGUCGUCCACACCCAGGAGUCCACGGCUCCCCAGCCUGAACAAGAGAUUCCCUUGACGCCCAAGAAGUCAAAGAAGGACAAGAAAAAGAAGAAGAAGGGCUUGUCCAUGGACGAUGUCGCUGUUGAACAAGAAACCUCGAGGUCGCUGCCUGUUGCCGACGGCGCAUCCGACGAUCUCCCCGCAGCAGCAAACUCGCCAGCGGCUGAAGCGCCUACCAAUAACCCUGCUGAGGCUUCUAUCCCGGCUCCCAUCGAGCCUGUCGUUGAGAAAGCCGAGUUUCAGGAUGAAAUGGACAUCGAUGUAAAACCACCCACAACUGUCGAGCAGGCACCGCCUACGUCAACGUCGGACGCUCCCGUCAUCGUAACGGAAACUCUGCCCGAGCCGGCCCAGCCGGUGGAAGAGAUCGUUCCGGUUGCCCCGAUUACUGUAGACCAACCGACAACGACAUCAGAGCCAAAGCUUGAAAGCGUCAAUGACGUGCCCUCUGCCAGUCUGGAGGAUGCCAUACGGACCAAGGAAGCCGCCGUCGCCCUGCCAGAAGAUGAGUGGCCCGAGACAUUGCCUGCCAAGAAGUCAAAGAAGGACAAGAAGAAGAAAAAGUCUCAGGCGCAAAACGACCUGAUGGCGUCUGAGGCUGCCACCCCUGCGGGACCGGCGGUGGAAGAGUUUAAGGAAGAAGAGCCGGCCGUCUCCACUAUAGAGGAGGCCAAGAUCCCCGACAUCGCCGCACCCGAUGUUUUCCCAGAUGAGAGAAACCUCUCCGAACCCCUUAACGUCGAUGCCAACAUGGGCCUGGUUCGCGAGAUGGAACGUCCCCAUUCUCCCGCAGACAAGAUCCUGGGAAAGCAGGAGACAACGCCGGCAGAAGAGAAACAGCAAGAUGCCGCGGCUGACGCUGCAUCUUUCGACCCUCUGGCAGCUUGGACAAACGAGUGGUCGAGUGCUCCGACAAAGAAGAGCAAAAAAGACAAGAAAAAGAAAAAGCGGCAGAAUCAAGUACUUGAAGAUGCCAAAGUUGCCACUCCCCAGGAGGACGAUAUCACGUCAUUCAAGCCAGAGAGCGAGCCGUCCACCGCUGCCGAUUCUUUCAAUAACCCCCCUACAAUCGCCGAACCCUUGGAUGCCAUCUCCAACCCCCCUUCACCGGCGCGGGCCCGGACACCAGCUCUUGCGGAGCAAUCCAUUCUUUCAGUCAGGUCUCGAUCUCCUGACCUCAAGGAGCACUCGGUUCUUUCGAGAAGUAUGGACCUCCCAGAAGCCAUACGAUCUUCUCUGGACGUGGUCGACCUCGGCGCAUGGGACGUUCCAGUGACCAAGAAGUCCAAAAAGGGAAAGAAGGGCAAGAAACAGUCGAUUCCGGUUGACGUAGAAUCUCCACAAAACAUCGACCCGACGCCUGCGCCAAACGCCGACCAGAGCCUUGCGCCAGAGGGUGCCGAGAACGUGGGAUACUUUGACAAGGAACCCCUCGAGGAGAACAGGAGUGCGUCCGCGCCGCCUCCUCCCGAGACAGCAAGUACUCUGCUGACCCCAGCGGACACCCCUCGGCCAGGCGAUGCUACAACGCCCUCUCCCAAAUCAUCCACGUCGGCGGAUGUUGACUUGACGCCGGCGCAAGAGACAAGCAGAGUCGUGCACGAAGUGCCCUACGAACAGCCCGACAAGCGGAAGAAACUGAAGACCAGGGAGCAGUCCAACACACUGUUGCCGGAACCAAUCUUUAGCUCCCGCGAUAUCGCAGCUGUGGACCUUGAGGACCACGGCAGCCAGGAAAACAACGCUGCCGAGCAAGUUGGCACGAUUGCAGAUGUUUCGUUGCUUCCGACAUCCGCGCCGGACGCCCCUGAACACCAAGGCCCUUCGGAGCCAAACGUAGACAGGGACGUUCCUGAAGAUCAUGCUACAUCAGCGCCGGACGCCUCUGAACACCAAGGCCACCCGGAACCAAAUGUAGACAAGCAGGUUCCUGAACACCCUUCAGGGACUACAUCUGCUCUCGAUAUUGCCGCUUCAUACCUCGAGCACAAGACUGAUCACGACCCUAUUGAGAUUACCCGGGCCGCGACCCCCGAAAAGCAACACCAAGAUACCGGCUCAUCGAAACUUGGUGUCGCGGCUGGCGCGGCGGCGAUUGCGGCGGCAGCAGCAACCCUCGCCAAGUCUAGCAGCGCCAAGAAGAAGGGAAAGAAGUCCAAAUACGCAGACAAACGCAGCUCGCAGGAGGACGACUUGUUUGACGAUCCAUCACUGUGGGAAGGCGCCGACAAGAAGCACGUUAGUGAGGCUGCAAACGCAGAGGUUGAGAAGUUCUGGGGCGGUGAAGAGCCGCAGAGUGCGUCUGCUCAAGAGGCGCCAGCCGAGCCGGACACUACGAAGGAUGAGGAGCAUUACAAAAGACAAGACACGGCGAUGGAGGAGGAUGAUGUUUUUGCUCCAGACACGAAGCAAAGAGAUGGCCCGCCCAUUCAACGGAACCCAGUCGAAUCUGGCGAAUUGCCGUCACCGAAGGAGAAGGAGGAAUAUUCAAAAGGGAUGCCUAGUCUGACAGCGUCUCUGAAGGAAAAGGCCCUGGACGACAAUGUCGAAAGCCCUGUACUGGGGCGAGAGGAAAAGCCUGAAGAGAUCCCAUCGGCUACUGAAAGGGACACUCGCCAAUCGCUGGAUCCAGAGCCAAGCACGAUGACCAGUGAUCUGGACGAGGCCGUUGAUCGCGGCUUCGAGGCCGAGUCUCGCCGCGAUCUUUUCAGCGUUCUCUCAUCCCGAAGCCCCGAGCCAUUCUACGAGACAGGAGGUUUCCGAAGCCCGGUCCCAAGCAUCCUGCCACCAGUCCAGGAGGAGGCUCACGAAGAAGCUGAACCUCAGCCCAGAUCUCUCCCCAAAACAUCAUCUCGGAGGGCACUACGCACACCAGAGCCCCAUCGUGACAGCGCGCUGAGCUCAGGCUCGUCUCACCCUUUCCGCAAGAGUGGUCUCGACAGCCAAGUCGAGCGAGACAGCGGUGUCAUGCGCGACUGGCAAGAGACAAGUUCGCAAGGGCGCGAGGCUCAGCGCACGCCCGAGCUGUCCAGUCACCGUGAGAGAAGGAGAUCUCGUGAAGCAGAGAGGGCAAAAUCACCAUCGGUCAGAGACCUUAUCCGACGAUCGCCUUUCGCUGAGGACGAGACUCGCGACUAUCCAAUGUCCAAGACGCCUGUUCUGCGCGACCCUGGCAGUCGGCAACUCGAUACCCCAACUCCGGAGCCGCACAAGAUGCGGCGCAUCAGCCCAGAGCUGGAGAGGAAGCGAUCCAAGUACCAAGACCUGGCCUCUGCGGCGCUGGCCGGGGCUGCGAUCAGCAGCACGUCGUCACCGCGCAGCACGCCCCCGCCCGGCAAUCGCAGCGUCUCGGAGCGUGUUGCACGGCUGCAAUCGCCAGCGCCGGUCGAGCCCCCUGUAGCGCGCAGAUCCAUAUCCAAUAGCAGCCUCUCGCGGCACAGGCGGGCCAUGGGCUCACAAACACCGGAGCCACUCAAGUUCCGGCCUGAAAGCCCAGGCAUCAUCUCUCGCCCAGCCACUGCCACCCCUCCUCUCCGCCGCAGGACAGACAGGCGCAUGAGCGGAGACCUGCGAUCUCUCAGCCAACGAAGUCAGCAAGACCUCACCCAGGACCCGACCAGCUCGUCAAACACCCCCGUCGCCAACGAGGGUCGUGUCCGGACCAAGGACAUGGCCGACGUCUUUGAUGGCUUUGGCGAGGGCCGCAUCGGCUCCCCCCGCUCGCCCACUAGACCACACAGCAUGCGUCGCCGUCAGAGCAUGCAAGUCCUCGAGCUCGAGUCUCGCGUCGAACAGCUCCUGGCCGAGAACCGCAUGCUCGCCGAUGCUCGAACCACCGCGGACACCACCACCACCAGCAAUCGCGCUUCGGCUUCAGGCAUCCUAGCCGAACGCGACGCCGAGAUCGACGUCCUCAAGCAGUCGCUCGAGUUCCUACAAAAAGAGGUCGCUCGCUUGACAGAGGUCAACGAGGGCCUCAACAGCGCCAAUGCCCAGCUUGCUGCCCAACACAACGAACGCUACCGUUCAUUGGAGACGCAGCAUGCAGACACGUCGCGACAGCUGGACGAGGUUCGCAACGAACACGGCCGCUUCCAAGAGUCGCUGUCGCAAAAGGAUGCCGAAAUCAGCAAGCUGCGCUCCGAGCUCGACGCUGCCAAGGACAAGAUCCGCCAGAUGCAGCGCCAGAUUCUGGCCGCCAAGGGCGCCGACGCCGACUUUUUGAACGUCAAGGACGUCGACCAUUUCGACCACCGAUGCCAGCAGCUGUGCUCCCACGUUCAGCAAUGGGUCCUCCGGUUUUCCAAGUUUUCCGACAUGCGCGCUUGUCGGUUGACGAAUGAAAUCAAUGAUGAGAAGGUCAUUGACCGACUCGACAACGCCAUCCUCGAUGGCACUGAUGUGGAUGCCUAUCUCGCCGACCGCGUGCGACGCAGAGACGUAUUCAUGUCCAUGACGAUGAACAUGAUUUGGGAGUUUGUGUUCACCCGUUACCUCUUUGGCAUGGACCGCGAACAACGACAGAAGCUCAAGUCGUUGGAGAAGCUCCUCACCGAGGUCGGCCCUCCCCAGGCCGUCCGACAGUGGCGCGCCGUCACCCUGACGCUGCUCUCCAAGCGCCCGAGCUUCAAGCACCAGCGCGACCUCGACACCGAGGCCGUGGUCCAGGCCAUCUUCCAGACGCUGUCCAAGGUCCUCCCUCCCCCGUCCAACCUGGAGGACCAGAUCCAAUCACAGCUGCGCCGCGUGAUGAGAGAGGCCGUCGACCUCUCCAUCGAGAUGCGCACCCAGCGAGCCGAGUACAUGAUGCUCCCGCCGCUGCAGCCCGAAUACGAUGCUGAAGGCGAGCUCGCCGAGACGGUCACGUUCAACGCCGCCCUCAUGAAUGAGCGCAGCGGCGACAAGUCCCUCAACAACGAGUCUCUCGAAGGCCAACACGCCGUCGUCCGCAUCGUCCUGUUCCCUCUCGUCGUCAAGAAGGGAGACGACGCUGGCAACAACGAUGACGAGAUCGUUGUGUGUCCCGCCCAGGUGCUGGUGGCUCGGCCCAAGGGCAAGUCUGUCCGCCUGUUCACGCCCGGCAGCGAGGUUGGCGGGUCGGUGAUUGGCGGCAACGCGGCAGCGACACACAGCGAACUCAGCAUGGGCACUUUCCUGCCCGAACAAGCGUCGAACGUGCGAUCCAACUAA